CAAAAACAACCCAUGCAUUUUACGUCAGUCAGGACGUUCUCUGAUUGGAUAGUUCAUGCCGUAAACCGUUACGUUCAGAACGCAUGUGAAGGGAGUUCUUGAGAAUGGAAUCCAAAAAGAAACCCUUUUCCCCUAAAGGUGGCAAGAACGUAAUACAGAAAGGAAAAGAAGGUACAGGUAAACCUGGGACUAAACCACCAGGGAAAAGGCCAUUCAAACCACACAGUGGAGAAAAGGGCAAGAAGUUUGAGAAGACUGGAGGAAAGGGGGCUCCACAGAAAUUCUUGAACAAAAAACCCACAGAUGGAAAUUUCACCAAAAAGCGAAAAUUCACACCUGGAAAGGCCAAGGAAGAGGAAGGUUCCGAGGCCAAGAAACCCAAAUGGGACGAGUUCAAACAGCAGAAGAAGGAGCUGAAACAGAACCGGCAGCAGACUGAAAAAAAGGAGAGUUAUCAAAUAGUGAGCAGAGCCAAGCAAGUGUGGGAGAUGGUCAGAAGGAAAGAUUGCGACAAAGAGAAGAGGAUCAAACUCAUGAAAGAGCUUCAAGAACUUGUUAAAGGAAAGAUAAAAACAAUAGCAUUUGCUCACGACUCCACCAGAGUCCUCCAGUGUUUCAUCCAGUUUGGGAACGACAAGCAAAGACAGGAGGUUUUUGAUGAACUCAAAGGUGAUAUGGUCGAGCUGAGUAAAUCAAAGUAUGCCAGAAAUAUUGUGAAGAAGUUUUUAAUGUAUGGGAAUAAAGAGCAGGUUGCGGGUGUGAUGGUGGGCUUCAAGGGGAAAGUGAGGCAGAUGCUGCGUCACUCGGAAGCGUCGUCGGUGGUGGAAUACGCUUACAACGACAAGGCCAUCCUCUCCCAGAGACUCAUGCUCACUGAGGAGCUCUACGGAACCACAUUCCAAGUCUUCAAGUCGGCAGUGUGCCCCACGCUAGAGAAGGUGCUGGAGGCGAACCCGGACAAGGUUAAUGGCAUUUUGGAGGAGAUGAAGCAGAUCCUUACCCCCAUGACCACAAAAGAGGCUGUGAUCAAACAUUCUCUGGUGCACAAAGUGUUUCUGGACUUUUUCCUGCAUGCCCCAGCCAAACAGAGGACUGAAAUGAUUGAGUCAAUAAGGGAGUCUGUGGUGUAUAUGGCCCACACCCACGAUGGAGCUAGAGUAGCAAUGCACUGCCUGUGGCAUGGGACACCUAAGGACAGAAAAGUCAUCAUUAAAACCAUGAAGACAUACAUGGAGAAGUUUGCAAUGGGAGAGUAUGCGUUCUUAGUCCUCAUUGCUGCCUUUGACUGCAUAGACGACACCAAGCUAGUGAAGCAGGCCGUCCUAUCAGAGAUUCUUGCUUCCCUGCCUGAUGUCAUCACUAAUAAGAAUGGAAAGAAAGUGCUGCUGUACCUGCUCAGCCCGCGAGACCCCGCCCACCUGUUACCUGAAAUCAUCCAGGUGCUGGAGAAGGGGGACGGGAACGCCCACAGUAAGAAGGAUGUUGCCCUUCGCCGGAAGGAGCUCCGGGAGGCGGUGUCUCCGCACCUGAUUCAGCACCUGUGUGACCACGCCCGCACCAUGGCAAUGAACAAGGCCUCCAGUGUCACCGUUAGCGACAUUCUGGGGUCCGCUAUUGGGGACCUGCGUCCUGCCAUGGAGGCUGUGGCUGAGCUGGCUGCUGACGACUUCACACCAGGAGGAGUGGAGGGGCAGCUACACAUGGCUGAGCACCCUGCUGGGCAUCUGGUGCUCAAGUGGCUGAUCGAACAAGACAGCAAGAUGAAGGAGGCCGGGAGAGAAGAGCGUUUCUCCAGGGUUCUGUUGGACAAGGUGGGGAUGGACAAGCUAAAGACGUGGGCUGCAGUGAACCGUGGGGCUAUCGUGCUCUGCUGUCUCCUGAACAGUGCAGACGAGAGUGUUGCAGAGGAGAUUAGGGGGGCAUUGAAGGCCUACGCUCCAGAACUACAGAAGAUCCAGAACUGUAAAGGAGUGGAAGUUCUUUUGGAGAAACUGGCCUGAUUUGUAUUUCAUGAUGUCUAACCUACUCAGAGACAGUCCACCCACUACUGUGACCUCUCACCAACUGGAGUAACAGGUUUUCAUUACAACAGGUUUAUCUGCUAAAAUUACUUCAGAGGACGCUUACUUGUACUGCAUUUAUGUUGUCCAAAUAAUUCCGAUGUGCUUGUUUGUAAAGCCGUGGUGCAAGUAUUUAGAUGUAAAAGACACAGAAAUACUGGCAGACAGUGUUUUUGUAUAAUUUUGUAACUGACCUGUAUUUUUGAGUUGUACUAGCUGACUGAGGAACCAGAAUAAACUAAAAUAAAAAAAAUAUUUAGUGCACAAUAAUAAAAAUGUUGAUUGGUACACUA